CACAUACAUAUUUCCAGCGUCCAUUUCGGCAGAAUAUAUGAAGAAGCUGCCAUCGGGGAUAGUUGUUCAUGCAUGUGACAUGUCCAAACAAAAGUCAGGCCGGCUUGGAGCUAGCUAGAGACGAAGGCCAGCUAAAGUAGAAGGCAAUGACACUUAUUUAAAGAAAGAGAACAAUGUAAACGUCGUGCAUUAGAGACACAGCUUCCCAUGCAAACUUGCAUUCAGAACAAAGUUGCAUAGGAGAAUAUUCAGAAGAAAAAAAGUAUAAACAUAUUGAGAACAAAAUUGAUACUUGCAAAAACGUCUUAUAUUAUGGGAUGGAGGGAGUAGAAAACUACAGAUCCUUUCCUGCACAUCAUGACGUGUCCGCAAGGAAGAUCCUAGAACAAAAAGUUAUCCAGAAAAUAGUCAUGCACCGAGCUGCAAAUGGCGUAGAAGCAUCCGACAUGGUCAUAAGCAAAGAAGGGACACUAAACCGUAACUUGGUGGUUUAGCAGGCGUCGAUGCCUACACAGCUGAUCAUGGCUUUGAGGACGGAGGACCAGAAGCAGAGGGAAGGGAAGGGGAGCAUAAGUUAAUCCAAUCACAGUGGGCAAUAUGCAGAAUUUACGUACAAAAUUUUGUUAAUUAAAUUUUUUGACAGAUUUUUUGUUAUAUCAAUUUGUCUAAAUUACAGGCAUAAAGAAGUCCUAGAGAACUUUGGGUUCACAUGGGUAAAAAAAUUCACGUUUAAAAAAAUAAUUGCGGCAACAUUUGUAAUUCUAAAGCACUUUAGCCCUAAAUCAUUUACGGAAGGGUGUAUUGUUUUGGAAAAGAGUAAGAGAAAAUGCAUACAUACAAAUAAGUGGAACUUUAUGCCAGUAAAUAAAUAUAAUUUCAAAGACCUUUUACAAAGAGCAAUGUUCCUGGUAGAAAGUUUGUGUACAUAGUGAAAAAUGCUAAAAAAAAUAGAAACAAAAUAACUCAUGCAUAUUAAUUUAAUGAAAUUUACUGGGCAACCAGAACAACCACCGGUGGAAUAUCUAGGCCUCUGCCCUCCAAAUCGAGGCCCGCUGGUGGAGGAAUGGGCUGGCGUAUCACGACACGGGAUGGCUCUUCAAUGUGAUGGAGGCAGUGGAGGGAUAGGAGAAGAGGCAUGUUCGGUGGGGUGGAAGCCUACUUCUUAUUGUUUGAGUUGGAAAUGGUGUUGAAGCCUUGAUGGGGGCGAAGACGCGGCCUGAAGGUAGACAGCCAGUUGUUAUGUCUGGGUGUGACAGGAUUAGAUGGUGAAAAUCAUUAUAACAAAGUUGUUCUAGAAUAUAAAAAAUAAUGUCCAUGCACCAUUGCAGUUCAUGCUUCAAGAGAUCCGCGAUGAAGCAAGUUUUAUUCCUGAAUGAUAUAAUGUGCGUGCAUGCAUAUGAAAAUGGUGAGAUUGCAGUUGUGUUGCAGAUACACAGAUUGAUCAAGGAGUAGCCACACAAGUUGGCCCAGUGAUUCACUAGGGCCAGCUCGGAAAUCCCCUGGAACGACCGAAGUGGAUAUAUAAUAAUCAACGGCGCAGAGCCGAGGAUCUCAGCGCCAAGAAAUCAUGUCACACAAUGGAGACGCUCAUCAGCCACCACCUCAUUCGCGAUUGAUCAGAAAACUGGAGGAAUCUGAUGGAACAUUGUUAUGCCUAAUAGUAGCAUCCUGCAAACUGGUCAGCAGUGUCUGCAAUUUCCAUGUGUUUCUAUUAAGUGAUGAUGGUUUUACCAGCAAAGAAAUCACUGAGUUGGUGACUGGCACAAUGGUGGUUGCUAUUUGCUACCCCUAUAUACUUUUGAAAUGGCACGAAUUGAUCUUGCUGAACUUGACACCCUUGAAGUCGUGGGUCACAUGGUGUCCUAACGUCAGGAUUUUCAGAGACACGGUCGUUCUUGUGAUUAUUUCUUACCUGCUAUUGCUGGACAUCAAUUCGAGCUUCGUCUCACUUGCCAUCUUUCCCAUCAUGGCCAUUACUUUCAUAGGAGCACUGUACUUUAAGCUCAAUCGUUGUACUGGCGACAUUGCUCGUAAAGUUACUCCACAAUCUUCUAUGGUCGAUGAGAAUACCAUCAAGACACCUAUGGAGCUGGAGAUCAUAGUGGUGGUGACGUUCGGGGCGCUGUUGGUGAUGGAUCAACUUGACGAUGGUGCAGAUAUGGGCUUCGCCUUCACACAGUUUCUCCUGUUCCUGAGCUCCAUUGUGGCGGCAUUGACGCGCAUGAUGAUGAAGCUGCCUCCUGAUCCUUUUCCGGGUAGUGCACCGGCAUCAGAGUUGCUCCGCAAGACCUUGCUUAUACUUCUACUAGUGACGGCACACACAUUGGCCGCGGAGUGGCUGGGCGAGGAUGUGGUUGUGUUCUGCAUGCCGGAGGUUAUCCCGGUGCUCCUCUGGUACAGCCUUCACCUCGACCGCCCACACCAGAACCCAAUCAUCAGCGUUGACAAAAUGAAGCCACACAUGAAGGGGCUCAUUGCCCUAUCUACACUGGUCGUAUUUCCUCUUUUCGCAUACAUGGUGAACUCCAUGGAUGUUUCUGGGCUCUCCUGGUGCACGAGGAUCAUGGUGUCAUGUGGCGUCUCAGGGGUUCUGACCUACUACCUUGUGUUCAUGCUACGCUACUGGCAUUGGCCAUGGCAAAAAGAAGCCGCAGCUUCUGGCAGCAGCAAGGACGAUGUCCCGUCCUCGGGCAUGCUCAAGUUUUUGGCAGAUGCUUUACUGAUAACGACGACCUUGCUAUUGCUGCUAAGCUAUAUGGUUUCCGUCCGACUUGGUCUGCGGCCAUCAUUGGUUGGUACACUAUAUGUCGAGUGCAACGACUAAGUUAGUUUAUAGUAAUUGCUAGCUGUGUAUAUUUUUCUCCAUGUCAUCCAGAAAAAGAUCGGAUACCAUUUUCAGCAACGGAACGGAAGUAUGGUAAAUGUGAUUAUAUGUAGUAUGAAGUGGUGGAGAUCGAUCAAGCUAUAUUUUCAGCGAUUAAUUUUGUACUGCAUGUUAUACCAUUUGACAUACUAAAUUAUCUUGAUGGGUUUAAUAUAUCCCUUUUUAAGUA